AUGAGAAGAGGGGGCCAGAUGCAAAGACAUCUCGAGCUCUGGCUUGGAGCUGCAGGGCUAGUGGCUGCUGCAUGGAUGAGCUGGCACCGCGAACCAAGCAAGCAGGCCGUAUUUGUGAUUGCCCGCGGUGGCACAAGAAACAAAAGCCAAUGUCUUUGUGCUUUCAAAUCUACGAUACGGGAAAUCAUGGCAUCGCCAACUCCCAUUCCGAAGCCACCUGGCGUGCCAUUGCUGGGCAACAUCUUUGAUGUCAAGCCUGGUAACACUUGGGACUCGCUCAGGAAGCUCGCAGACCAGUAUGGCGAGAUCUUUCAGAUCAAAGUCCUCGGCAACACGCUCGUCUUCGUUGCCAGCGUUGCCCUCGCCGAAGAGCUCUGUGACGAGAAGCGCUUCCGCAAGUACGUGGGCGGACCCAUUGUCGAGAUUCGAGCUGCCGUCCACGACGCACUCUUCACGGCCUAUGACAAUGAGGCUAGCUGGGGCAUUGCCCACCGAAUCAUUUAUCCCCAGCUGAAAGCCGAAGUUGUGUCUACUCACUUUAGAGAAAUGCGCAACCUGGCUGGGGAGCUUUUCCAUAAUUGGAAGAGCCUCGGGGGCAGUCAUGUCAUAAGCCCCCUGGAUCAACUGAAUAGGCUGAAUCUCGAGACAAACACCUAUGUCUUCUUUGGCAAGCGCCUCAACGGGCUGACCGGUCCUCCGCACCCAAUGAUCCAGGCAAUGGAGGACUCUACCUCUGAGGCGAUGAAGCGCCCCACGCGGCCUGGUUUGCUCAACUGGCUGGUGUAUGGCCGCAAGUUCAAGUCUUCAAACAAGGCGAUGCGAGAGUAUGCCCAAGAGCUGGUUCAAUAUCGCACCGAUAACCCGACAGAGAGACAGGAUAUGCUGUCCAUCAUGAUGACCACUCCGGAUCCCGAGACUGGAAAGACUUUGACCCCUUCGCAAGUCAUUGAUGAGAUAGUCUCGAUGCCCAUUGGCAGCAGCACCGCACCCUGUUUGCUCGUCUACUCCCUCUACUAUCUCCUGCAGAACCCAGAUGUCGUUGCCAAAGCUCGCGAGGAGAUGGACCGAGUCAUUGGCGCAGGCGAGUUUGAAUUUGAUCAUCUCGGACAAUUAAAGUACGUUGAAGCCAUCAUGCGCGAAUCUCUGCGCCUGUCUUCCGUUGCUCCCGGUUUCAACAUUGAACCACGACCAAGAGAGGGCGACAAGAGCCCUGUGCUGCUAGGCGGGGGCAAGUACCAGAUUGCUCACAAUCAGCCCAUGAUUAUCGUUUUGCAGGGGGUGAACCGCGAUCCCGCUGUGUUUGAGGAGCCGAUGGUAUUCAAGCCUGAGCGUAUGAUGGGCGAGGCUUUUGAGAAUCUGCCCGCCGGCGCCAAGAAGUGGUUCGGCAAUGGCAAGAGAGAGUGCAUUGGCAAGCAGUAUGCCCUGCAGUGGAGCCACAUUGUCCUGGCCAUGCUGAUCAGGGAGCUCGACUUUGAGCCAGCAAGCCCAGAGUAUCAGCUCGAGGAAGACGGAUGGUUCAACACUCGCCCCGUUGACUUUUCUGUCAGGGUGAGGGCCAGCGCCAAGGCCACUUACUAGAGAUGCGUGGGCUAUUGUGGGCAUCUCUUCUUUAUGAAAGGAAAAGAAGGAAUGAAUGAAAAUUGAUACCAAUUGGUUUGACUUGAUUUGGUGGCGGAACAGGAACAAUGGGCGACAGUGGAAAAUGUGGAGCGAGAUACUAUCUGGCCAAGUCUCAGACGGAACAUUACUUUUCUUUAAUAUCUCUUAAUAGUUACCAUCAUAUUUAUUUUACUCAACUUUCACUUUA